ACACACACGCAUUACUUUUCUACCGAGUCUCCUGUCCGAUCCUUUUGUCGUGUUUGUCGAGUCUGCGACACAACACCCCCCCCCGAUCCCCCUCCCUGUGCAGCUUGCUUCCACUUGUGUAAGAAAUGCGCGGGGCCGCAGGACUACAAAUGCCUCGACUGCAAACCCGGAUGGAUCCUUCAUGACAACAAGUGCGUGGAUGUGGACGAGUGCGGCACGGAGCUGGCUCGUUGUCCUUCUAACACCUUCUGUCACAACACAGAAGGAUCUUAUGAAUGCAGAGGCUGUGACCAGGCGUGUGUGGGCUGCAUGGGGACCGGCCCCGCCCGCUGCAAGAAAUGUGCACGUGGCUACAAAUUGAGAGGGGCGAAGUGUCUCGAUGUAGAUGAAUGCGGUGAUCAGGCGAUCGCGUGGCCCGGACUCAACGAGGCCUGCAUCAACGAGGAGGGCUCCUUCCACUGUGACUGUGCUGAUGGAUUCAUGAGGAGAGACAGCAUUUGUGUUGAGAACAAGCCUCCUGCUGGCCCAGAGAAGGGUCUGUUUGACGACAUGACGGACGACGAGGUCCUUGUGCUGCAGGAGAUGUUCUUCGGCAUCGUGAUCUGCGCCAUAGCUACGCUGGCCGCUAAGGGCGACAUGGUUUUCACCGCCAUCUUCAUCGGGGGUGUGGCCGCCAUGGCCGGAUACUGGCUGACCGAGAAGGGCGACUACAUGCUGGAUGGAUUUCUGAAGGGACGCUAGACUGUCUGCAGCCUUGAGAAAGGACCACCAGCCAGUUAAGGUGAAGAAGACUCAACGGGGAGGAGGGGGGGGGGGGGCAGAGAGCCGAUGGGGGCUUUACUUGAAAAGGCUUGGGUUAAUUUAUGUCUAUGAAUAGGACAAAAAGGGAGAACUUGAGGGCCGUGAAGCCGUGAAUAUUGAAGAGGAACAACGAAGCUAAACUGCACUGACACAAAGGAACUGAACUCGAUCGCUUUCCUCAACUUUGUUGGGAGCAAGCGGGGACACGAAGACCGCUGCUGAUUGUUAAAAUCUAUUAUGCAUUUGGACGUCUCGUCUGGCCGCCAUGUUGAAGUGAUGUCUCUCUCUUUCACCUGAUCCAAAACCUCCCUCCAUCACGUGCGUCACCUCUUCGUCAUCUCGAUGCGGUGACGCAGAAGGUUUCCCCACAGGCUGAACGGUACUCGAGUUUCGUCCGUGUCUCCAGAUUCCAGAAAGCGGCCGUUUGGUCAGAUGAGGGAAUUUUUAGGAGUUUGCUUCAGUCGCCCCAAAAAGCUCAUCGAAACUCUGGGAUCUUUUAAUAAGGAGCCACUGGUUAUUUGUGUUGGAUGACUUUUUACCUCCUUACGUACUGAAUGAUUAUUUUUACUAAUAAUGCAUGAGAAAAGGAUUUGAAGUAAUAGGUACUGAACCUUAUGGAUGUAUGUAUUUAUUUAUUUAUUGACUUAGUUUAGCAUGAACGAUCACACACACAAUACUGCUGUUUGCUUAUUGUUCUUAAAUAUCAGCUCAGAUCUGGAUGAUUAAAGCCAUUUUCUGUUGCCUUUUCAGCAAUAUUUAUGGGGAAAGAUAUUUAUAACAUUCUGCUCUUGACAUUUCCCUUUGUGUGUAUUUUUUCAAUGCAGUUUCUCUUGUUACUCCAGCAGAUAAAGUAGCGUCGUGUUAGAAAGCCGCCAAAGCAUCACUUCUUACUCCCACCCAUCUACUUUACUCUACUUUGUGUUUCCCAGUUUGCAAAGUCAUCAUUCGUUAUCUUACGUUUUAAAAUAAAAAGUCUGUCACUUCUCGUUUU